AUGUCUCGGGGUGGAAUAUUUGGUGACCCUCGCAAAAAGGGUCGUACCGCGACGGACAAAUAUUCCAAGAAAGAGCCUCCACAGAGCAAAAACCGCACAGAGACGAGUUCUGCAGCCAAGGUGUCAAAGAAAGCAGGAGCGCUGUAUGGCCCUGUUGUUGUACACAGUUCUGGGUGUGCCAGUCGUGAUUCUGCCAAUGAUCGUAGGGGCAUUCCAUUUAAAAACAAGCACGAAGAACGCGAGUACAAGAAGGCGAAACACAUUCCAAAGUAUGCACCAAAUCCAACGGGAGGGAAAGGAGAAAACGGGGAACCAACUCCGCGCCCAAGCGGUGCCAGUAGUGCCGCGCAGCGUCGUGCUAUUCGCCGCGUGAGGGAUGAUGAUAGCGUUUUGGAACACUUCCGCACAAAACUUUCAGCGAGUACCUUUCGUCUGUUAAAUGAGCAAAUAUAUAACUCGCCUAUUUCUUCUGUUGCAGAGCUGUUGCGUGAUCCAUCCACGUAUGCUGAUUACCAUAAUGGCUAUCGCCAACAGAUUCAACAGUGGCCCAUCAAACCAUACGAUGUUAUCUUGCAAGCCCUGCUUGAGGAUCGUCGGGGGCGUUUUGUAGCUAAUAAAGCCAAGAGCAUGCCUGGGUACAUUCCUUCCAGUUGGGUUAUUGCAGACAUGGGCUGUGGGGAUGCGCAGGUAGCACAAGCACUUUGUCCAAAAGGUUACACAGUUCACUCAUUUGAUUUACAUGCAAUGAACGAAUAUGUAACUGUUGCUAACAUCGCUCACGUCCCUCUAGAGAAAAAGUCCGUCGACAUCUGCAUUUUUUCUCUUAGCCUCAUGUCGACUGACUACAUUAAAUGCCUGUACGAGGCAUUUCGCAUCCUCAAACCGAAGCGACUGCUGAAGAUCGUCGAAGUUCGCUCGCGUGUUCCGCACCCUCGGCGUUUUGCAGAGCUUGUUGAAGGUAUUGGUUUCACUUUGGAUUAUCACGAUACUGUUGGGGAUUAUUUUGUAGCGUACGACUUCAUUAAGUUAGAUGGACAGGAGUCGGCUAAUCAGCACCCAAAGUAUGACCCGCAAGAGGUGCUUGUCCCGUCACUGUACAAAAAGCGGUGA